CAUCAGAGCACUUCCUGCCUGCGCUGUCAUAUGUCCUGGUGUGCUGCAAUAUGCCUCUGUUGCUGCUGGAGGUGCAGUAUAUGAUGGAGCUGCUAGAACCAUCAUGGCUGACUGGAGAGGGCGGAUAUUACUUGACGAGUGCCUUCGCCAGCCUAUGCCUGAUUCAAAGCCACCCACAAGCUCCGCCCUCAGGCGGAAUGACCAGUGAGGCCCAGGAGAAGCUGAGGGAGUGGAGCCGACGGCGUGGGCAGGAGAAUAUCACACACGCCCCAUCAAACCAGAACCAGAGGCUGGUCCGCGUGCUCUACCAGGAGGGCACCCAGAGCGUGGUGCGCACGCUGCAGUGGGUGGACGGCGAGCCCGCCUCCUCGCUGGCCCUCAGCUGUGCCACGGCUUUCGCCGUCGGCCAGCCGCAGUACUACGGCCUCUUCUGCCGGGCCGCCGGCGGCGAGAUGAAGCCCCUCCCCCCGCACGCGCUCAUCCACGAGACGCACGGCCACUCCGUCGGCUCGCUGCCCUCGCUGUCGUACCUGCGCGUGGACCACGACACCGGCAAGGUUCGCCGGCUCACCAGAGGGGGCGCCGUGGAUCUGGGAGGCUCGGUGUGCGAGGAGUAAAGACGGAGUAGAAGAAGACCAACCAGGAAGUGGGGAGUAAAAAAACUAAAAGGAAGUGUCCUCGGCAGCCAUUUUAUUUUUCUGUCAGCUUAAAAGUCCUUUGUGGACUCACUCCUGUUGGGUGUUGAGUGUUUCUCCAUAAUAUCGUGGCAUCAGUAUGUGAACUCAAAGUUGGAGACUUUGGAGACUAGAAAUGACUACUCUAAUGAAAGAGACUGGGAUCAGCCUGGACUGUGACGGGACCUGGUAUUUCUUUGAUGUUCCUGAGGACGCUUCCGAAGAUUAUUGCGUGGAAGGCUCUUUGUUUUGGGGGAUUGGUUUCGAGAGGUUCAAGCAAUUCACCUGGCAAUAGACAGAGCAAUAUGGUUUUCCGAGUUUGUGGCCGCCAACUUUCGGUCGUUUUGGAGCACCAGAACUCCGUGACUAUUUUAUAAUUGAAGAGCCUGAAAGAUUUGGUAUUCCUCAUGCUAAGAUGGUGCUGAGCGAUGACAACAUUGCUAUAGAUAGAAGGAAAACACAGAGAUAUCACUCGUCUCUAACAGGCCCAGUUUUGCUGUGUAGAUUGUUGGGGCUAAAUAUCAACUACCAAAGUGUUAAGUUUCUUUUUUAGUUUUGUUUGUUUUCUCUCUCGUACAGAGUCUCCACUGGAGACUUACGGUAGGAGGCACGUACGAGAGGCUAUUUUAAGAUGAAUGGUUGGAUUUCUAUUGAUGGAAGGAAAGAAUGUAAUGUUUUUCAAAGCAAUCUGAAACAUCAGGAGCUAGGAAAUAGCAGCUUGUGGGCGUAUGACGACGGAUCUAUUUACACAAUAAUAGCAGACAAACAGAACACAUUUACUGUACUGUUCAGUGUUUUGAAAAUGCCUGUUGCUUUUUUUUCAGUCUCAUUCACUGGACUGGUCUUUCCUUCUGCACACAGUCCCACUUAAAGCAUUUAUAUAUGAACAAGGAAAUGUACAAAUGACAUCUAAAUUAUUUUUUCCCCCUUUCUCUUUGUGCCUCUCUCGCUCUACCAAUAUCUUUCUCUUCCUUCUGUCUUAUAUUCUCUUGAAGUUUCCUUUCGAUCUAUACAAAUACAAAAAUAACAUUCCAUGUAAAAUAAUGUUGUUUUAUUUGUAACAGACAAUCUGAUUGGAUGGUUUCAGUGAGUCUAGCUCAUGCGAGGCUUCGUUUCAUUCGCUGAAUGUGAAAGUAACACCGUACGGUGGUCCAAUGAAUGCACAGCUCUCAGUCAGGGUGACUGCCUGCUUUAUUGCCUGUUCUGGGUCUACAGUGCCAACUGACUGUUCGACUGUGUAUGUGUGUGUUGGGGAGGUUGGGUUGUGAGUGUAUUUUAAUUUAUUUAAAUGUAUCUUACCAUUUUAAUACAAUUACUGACCAUUAUUGAAGUAUGAAUUGUAUUCAUUAUUAUGAUGACCAGUUGAAUGUGGGGAAGGGGAACGGGGGCUUCAAGAUUUUUGCUUUGGAUGACAGAUAUUUCUGUGGCUGUUGAAUUUUGACAUGUGAACUCUCUGCAUGCGGUGAAGUGAUAAUAUGAGAAUUUGCCUGUUGUGCAUGUGUUUGUGCAUAUGUGUAUGUCUAUGCAGUAUGUAUGUAUGUUAUGGAUAUUGGUUUAUUUUCUGCAGAAUGUGAUGACGUAAUCCACACAAGUUUUUUUUUUUUUUUUUGUUACUGUUGGUAUUGAUUUCUUCUAAAUGUAGUAUCCUAGUUGUAUCUCAGUAGUAUUGUUCGGUAUCAAACAUCAUUAAAACAAAUUAUAAAUGUC